UGGAACCGAGGUAUUCUGUAACCUCAUGUGCGCUCCUAUGACCAUGCUAUUUGCUAAUGCGUCGUCGAUUGGAAACAGCGCCAAAAGGAAAUGGAAAUCCAUGGUUUCCAUGUUCCAGGAAUGGAGAGCCCGUCCUUCCACCUGCCGCAGCUGUGGAACUGUUCCAUGCCAGGUAGAAAGGAAGACACCCUGGAAGCCUUCCACAUCUCUACAAAAGGACAAAAAAAACUUCUCAGAGAGAUCGAAGGCAAUGCUGUUGUUCAACUAUGGACUGGAGCUGUCCGUAGUGUUGACCAAGGAACUACCCCAAGACGACCUUUACUGGAAGAGGAAGAUGUGUGGUCAUUUUGAGGAAGAGCACAUGGUUAUUUUCCCACGAUGCAUCCAACGCCAGAUUAACAACUGGUACCCCGUCCCUCGCUAG